CGGACACGCCACCUAGCUGAGGUGUCCGUGUCGACACGCGUGUCCGACACCGACACGGGUGGGACACGGUGCGAUACGUGUCCGACACUUCAAAAUCCGUGUCCCUUUUUUUUUAAAAAAAAAUACGUCAUGGACACAGACCGUGUCUCCCUAUGACACGGCCCGUUUUAUUUUGGACACGCCCUUUUGUUAUUCCAGCCCAACUCCCUCAGUUUCUUUUUUCUCAAACCCUACUGCUUUCAAUCUUCCUCUUCACGAGUUCAUUCUACCUCAACCUUCUCAAACCCAAAUCGCCGCCGACUGAAGUCGCCUGACCGUCGCCCACCGUCCACCGUCACAGCGUCAGUCGUCGGCUCGUCGCUCGUCGCAAGUCCUCACUCCUCAGUCAUCACGAAACCUGGCCACUUUAAUACUCUAUUCCUUCAAUCCUUUGUCGACUCGCCGUCAGCCCGUCACUCGUCGCUCGUCGCCGCCGUCCAGGCGUCACUCUCGUCGGUGCUCUCAGCCUUCUCACUUUCUCAGGAAUGUCUUCUAGUGGUUCUAGUGCCUCUGCUUCGUGCAAUGUUAGUGGUAGUAGUAAUUCAUCUGAGUCUAAGGACCCCUACCCUUUGUGGAAGUUUGUUGUUAAGGGUGAUAAAAUAUCGGGUGGUGGAGGAAAUUAUAAUUGGAAAUGUAACUUUUGCGGCGAAGUUAAAAAUGGUUCAUACACUAGAGUGAAAGCUCAUUUGCUAGGUGAACAAGGGAAAGGGAUUCAAACUUGUAAUAAAGUGAAAAUUGAUGACCUUGCUAAACUAAGAUCGCUUCAUCGUGAAUCCGAGGAUUAUAAAAAAUCUUUGUUACCAAAAGUUCCACCUUUUUCAAAUGAACCCAUAUCUUCUCACACAUCAACUGAAGCUACAUCAAUGAGACUAGGUUCAUUUGAUAAUGUAAAGAAGAGGAAAUCAAAAAAUACAAUUUCUGAUGCUUUUAAUGUGAAAUCUCGUGACCACUUGGAUUCUGAAAUUGCUAGAAUGUUUUACACAGGGGGGUUGCCUUUUAAUCUUGCUAGAAACCCUUACUAUGUUAGUUCAUAUACAAUGGCUGCCAAUUCUAAUCUCUCUGGUUAUAAGCCUCCCGGAUACAACAAACUUAGAACAACUUUGCUUUGUAAAGAGACAGAAAAUGUGGAUAGGUUAUUACAACCUAUGAAAGCCACAUGGAAAACAAAAGGUGUUAGCAUUGUUAGUGAUGGGUGGAGUGAUCCACAAAGAAGGCCUUUGAUUAACAUUAUGAUUGCUUCUGAAACGGGUCCUAUGUUUAUGAAAGCUAUUGAUUGCUCGGGUGAGAUUAAGGACAAAGAUUUCAUUGCUACCUUACUAAGUGAGGUGAUUGAUGAAAUUGGAGAUCAAAAUGUUGUUCAAAUAAUCACAGAUAAUGCAAGUAAUUGUAAGGCUGCAGGGGAAUUGGUUGAGGGUAGGUAUCCUCAUAUAUAUUGGACACCAUGUGUUGUUCAUACACUUAAUCUUGCAAUGAAAAGCAUCUGUGCAGCUAAGAAUGUGUUGAAUAAUGUUGAAGUAUAUGAUGAAUGUCAUUGGAUAACGGAAGUUCAUGCAGAUGCCUUGUUCAUUAAAAAUUACAUAAUGAAUCAUUCGAUGAGGCUUUCAAUGUUCAAUAAGUUUUCGCCAUUAAAACUACUUUGCAUUGCCGACACUCGUUUUGCUUCAAUUGUGUGCAUGCUUAAAAGGUUGAAACUCCUUAAAACAUCACUUCAAUCAAUGGUUAUUAGUGAGAAUUGGUCCUUAUACAAGGAUGAUCGACGCGGGCAAGCCUCACAUGUAAGGGAAAAGAUUUUGGAUGAAAUAUGGUGGGAAAAAGUUGAUUACAUUCUUGAUUUUACACGCCCAAUCUAUGAGAUGAUUAGGGUUUGUGACACCGACAAAUCUUCCUUGCAUUUGGUUUAUGAAAGAUGGGACAUUAUGGUUCAAAAGGUGAAAGAUGCCAUCUACAAGAAAGAGGGUAAACUAGAUUAUGAACAAUCUACCUUCUUUAAUGUAGUUAAAGGGAUUCUUAGUAGUCGUUGGAGUAAGGGUAGUACUCCACUUCAUUCAUUAGCACAUUCUUUGAAUCCAAGAUUUUACACGGAAGAAUGGCUUAAUGAGGUCCCGGGACGAGUUGCUCCAAAUGCCGACAAUGAAAUUUCCACACAAAGAUUACAAUGCUUUCGAAGGCUUUUCCAAAGUCCCGAUGAAAGAUUCAAGAUCAACACGGAAUUUGCAAUAUUCUCACAAAAAUCAGAGGGGAUCUUUCUCAACAUUGAUUGCAUGCAUGAUAUGGCUUUGAUGGAUGCUAAAAAUUGGUGGGCAACUUAUGGUUCCCAAGUGCCUAUGCUUCAAGGUUUGGCUUAUAAGCUAUUAGGUCAACCUUCUUCCUCUUCUUGUAGUGAAAGGAAUUGGAGCACCUAUAAGUUUAUUCAUUCUUGCACUAGAAAUAAGCUUACUCCUAAACGUGCUCAAGACUUGGUAUACAUUCAUAACAACCUUCGAUUACUUUCUAGGAGAAGUGAAGAAUACACUAAGGGGAGAUCUAAGUUGUGGGAUGUGGGUGGAGAUGAGCAUGACAACCUAGGAGAGGUUGGUAUUCUAGAGAUGGCCGAGCUCUCACUUGAUGAACCCGAGAUGGAGAAUAUGAUUUUUGAUGAUGUACUUGGUGAUGGUGAAGAAUGAAACUAUUAGUACUUUUGUUUAUUUUAUUUAUGAUUUGUAAAACUAUUAUUAAGACAUGUAUUUGGUUUGAUGGUUUCUUGAUAUGUAUGAGACUACGUUCGUACACUUUGUUUAUUUACUUGUUUUAACAAAAUUGUGUGUUUUGAGGCUAAUUAUUUAGUGUUUUAUUGAAUAGGUUGUCAAAUUCUCGUUUUUUUGAUAUAUUAUAUGCCUUGUUAUAUGCCGUACCCGUGUCCCCUAUUUCAGGAUUGCCGUUUUCCCGUGUCCGUAUCGUGUCCGUGUCCGUGUCCGUGUCGGUAUCCGUGCA